GCACAUCUUGGAAAGUGUAAAUGUGUCAAUAAUGAUACAAAACGUUCUUCACUAUGGAUUGGUUCUUUAAGUUCACUGGAAAGUUCACAUGAAAUGAAUUGUAAAAUGAAAUUUUCUGAUCGACUACUUGAAACACGAUUUGUCAAUCAAAUUAGUAGUUUAAAACAACAGAUUACUGAUUUAACUGUACAACAAGAAUUAUCUGAUCGUCGAGCUGAUCGUUUAGAUAAACGUGUCACUGAACUACUUGAAUCACGUACAAUUUUUCAAGCAAGAGAACGUGAAUUAACAUUGGAAUUAAAACAAUUAGAACAAAAAUGUGCUGAUAUUGAAGCGAAGGUAA